AUGACCGACGAAGAGGAAACGGGGGAGAUUAGCAAAGAGAUCGAGGCUACGGGCACGAAGGAGGACCCCGGAUUCGGAAAUGAGCCUCUUAAAGACCUUAGAAGAGGACGGACCACCGGCAACUAUAUCAGUAACCCUUUAUCGAUCAGACCAUUAGCUAAGCAAAGCACGCCUGCGUACGGCACUCUAAGCGCCUUUGACGAUGAUAGAGACGAUUUCUUUGAGCUAGGGGCAGCAGACCUUCACUCAAGAGCGAAGGAAUUGGCCUUGUUCGCGCGAAGCUUUCCUAAAGAGCUGAAGUAUUUAAGACCCGACGAUGACUUUAAGACUCAAUUAGGAAUUUUUGCUAACCAAGCAAGUCGAUACGGUUUGACUUCCGAGGACUACUUGGCGGCGUUCCCGAUUAUGCUUACAAAGGAGGCUAUAACCUUUUAUUAUAAUCACGUUAUUAAGGCUAGACUUCCGACUUUCAAAGCAAACGCUAUUGCAACUACGAUUGCACGAAUGAACCUUGCCUUUACCUUUACCGCCGCAGUUGCCGACAUUCGCAAAGCUAUUGCGUUUGCAACUGAGACCUCCCGACCUCUUGCUAAGGCGAACUGCCAAUACUUCGGAGGUAAGAAAGCUGCCAAAGCUAUUAAGGGUGAGAAAAGGUGUUUUGUUUGCAAAAAGCCAGGUUGCUAA